AUGGGUUCUUGCAACUCCAUCCCACUUCGACGCCAGCGUCAACCUUCCCAUCCCAAAAGUGAAGAUGGCCCUUCUAAACCAACCUCUCGUGGCUUGAGACACCGUUUCAAACUUCUGAGACACCGUGUCAAGCCUUCUCCUACAUCCCCCCAGCUGGAUAAAAGCUCCCAGGAGUUGAUAUACCGACUUCUCGACGAGCUCGACUCAGACACCUGGAAGCCUCUUCCCACCGAAGAUGAAAAAUCCCCUCAGCCAAGCGACAGAGCAGUCCGAAUCUACGUCAGCCAGAUGCGAAAUGGCCUCUCAGCUCUCCUGGGACACGGCCCCAUCUCAGGAAACCAAAGCUGGUCUGAUGCCAUGGCAUAUGCCCGUGCCGUGAUACAAGAUCCCAAAGACACUGUUGAACGCUCAAAAGCAACCUGGACAAGAUCAUGCUCGUCCAUCCAGCGAGAGCUCAUGACACGGUUCGGCCCAGCCACGAUAUCAACAGCCAUCCAAGGCUGCCGUCAGCUAGUAGACGACCACUACCACGGAAAGCGACUCGCCGUCUCACACGUCGACAAGAAGACGAGUUUCCGGGAGCACUUUCCCAUGUCGAAGCCCAGUAUCUCGCAUUAUCCUGCCAGCAGCCCUCUCGCAAUUGGGGCCUACGAAUGUGCUUUUCUGUCCUGCUCUUUGAUAUCAUCAGCAUGGCUAUCUCCUGAAGAAGCGAUGAAAUUCGCGUCCAUAUGCCACUUGUCGGUAUGUGACGACUACUACGGCUUCACUGGCACAGAAACAGAGGUGCGAGUCCGGCUGGUAGCCCUGGCAAUAGGCGCUGCGUUCGAAUUCGGCGACGAAGCUGUCGAGGUUCUGAUGGACGGCACUGCACUGCAAGCUGUGGGGUCAAGCAAGGAAGUUUCUCUACGGGCUGCCAUGGCUUGGAGGGCAGUCAAUGGUGCGGCUACUGCAUACAACGGACAUGUUCUCGCGAAUGACUCUCUUGAAGACGGUCUCGUUUCGCCACAAGUCAUCAUGGCCAUCCACGACAUGUUCGACUGGAGGAGCGACCUUGCAGCGGGAAAUCACGAGAACGGAUUCUCGGUUGCAUAUGGACUUGGACUCGAUGAUCCGUUUCACGACUACUUGGAAGAGAUCCUGCUUCUUGCCUCGUCACAUCCGAAGUCGGGGGCCUACGCAAUCUCUGCCAUAACCCUAGCAAGCUUCACAGCCUGUCGCUACUCGUCCUACAAAUACUUUGCCGUAGACGUGGAUCUUCCAGCCCCGUGUCCACGAUGCAUCAAACUUGUCAGAAAUCUGACAGAAGAGGCAGGCUUUUCAUGGGAGCCAAAGACACCUCCGGGUAAUCUCGAGGACGGAGAGCGUGUACGAAAGCUUUGCCAGUCGUGGGCAGACAGGUACGAAGAUCAUGGUUUGAUACAAGAGGGACUGAGUUGGUUUCAAAGUCUCAUCGAGACAGGCAGGAUACACGUGUUGGAUGCACUGGUUAAAAUUCCCGCGGUGGAUGAGGACGCAGAGUGGGCUUGA